AUAACAUUCCGCUCUCCUGUGACCUUAUCACCAUCACGGUCACCCCAAAGAGCCCUGGUCUGAAUCCAAAUGCCAAUGUCUUUCAAAGCAAGAGUCCUGCCUCUCCAGAGAGCCAGACCACCCCCCAGUGGCCUCCCCCUGCAACUCCUCCAGAGGAAACAGUAGAAACAACUGAAGCUGCCAAUACUGAAGGUUAUGAACAUAUGAAUGGGGAUACAGAAUCCAGUUCACUGCUGCCAGGGACAGCAUCGCCACAACCUUCAGACUCGCCACUUUCUAAUACCUCUAUCACUGACCUACCAAUACUGAAUGGUGUUGUGGAACAGACUCUCCCAGAGGCUGAACCUUCAAGUGCCUCUACAGGAGAGGAACUACUAUCGCCACCUAUCCAGGGUACCAUACCCGAGAGCCAACUCUGUGCAAUGUUAAAAAACCAAUUGGAAUACUACUUCUCAAGGGAUAACUUGGCCAAUGAUUCUUACUUGGUAUCUCAAAUGGAUGGCGACCAGUAUGUCCCCAUAGCAACCAUAGCUGGGUUUAACCAAGUACGCAAACUCACAGAUGAUAUUGAACUCGUCCGAGAUGUCCUUAGAUCAUCUGCUCAUGUCCAAGUGGAUGAGAAAGGUGAAAAAGUUCGACCCCUCCAUAAACGCUGCAUUGUUAUACUACGGGAAGUGCCCGAGUCCACCCCUGUAGAGGAAGUGAAGGCACUGUUUUCCGGUGAAAAUUGUCCAAAAUUUGUAAGCUGUGAAUUUGCUGGCAAUAGUAAUUGGUAUGUGACGUUUGAUAGUGAUGAGGACGCACAGAGGGCUUAUGGGUACUUACGAGAAGAUGUACAGACGUUCUUAGGGAAACCUAUCAUGGCACGUAUAAAAGCCAAACCUCUGGUGUUACGCAAUAACUUUGUGCCAAAAACUGCCAAUGGAGUUGUGAAGCCAGUGCAGACUCCACCCGCUUACGAAGCAACCCAAAUGUUUCCUAUAGGUGUCAGCACUGCACCACAACAGGCUGCUCAGAGGUUUUCGUUCCAACAGCCACCAGUGCCCCCCAACAUGCAGUAUAUGACCAAUAAUGGACAGCCACCAUUUCAGUUCUACGCCAACACUAUGAUAGGUUGGCCAACCAGUCCUACAGCAGCUUUUUUCGGAGACCCUGGCAUGGUUCUGGCAGCCAAUGGAUUCACUCCAGGAGGUACAAUCACCAAGUUCAACAACCAGGCACCUACUAGACACACCUAUGUCAGAAACAGCAAUCAAGUACCUAAACCUCACAGUCGAGUUCAGAGUAACCCAGAGAGACUUUCAGGCAGCGCAGAUGCACCCCCACGCAUGGAGCGCCAGCUAUCAGCCAGUCAACGAACCAGUCCACGUCACAAUAGCGAAAGUGGUUUGUACAACUCCCAGAUGAGCAGCCGAACUCAUCGAGAGUUCACCCCACAGCACCACAGCACCCAAGGUCCCACCCAGGUUGAUAUGCCUAAGUCAGUCUCCCCCCGCUCAGAGAAUGGACACAUCAAAGAAUCAUUACCUUCUAGGGGUUCUAGGAUGGAAUCAAGGUACCAUAGCAACAGGAAUCGCAGGCGAGAAGACGAUCGUACAAAAAAUUCACGUCUAAGUGGAACUCCCAAUGGUGUUAAACAUGAUGUGAAACCAGAAUUACCAAAAAGUUUUGAACUUGAAUCCACGUCUUUCCCACCCCUGCCAGGCUCAACUAAUGCCACAACUACAGAAGAGGUGCCAGUUGAAAAAGUCGAAACCAAAAAAGUUGAAAGUAAGAUGUCUGAUGUUGUCAAGGGAACUGCCAAGAUGCCGUCUAAACCCCCUGUGGCCCCUGGCUCCCCCAGUAAAUCUUCUAGAGAAGUUGCUGCUGGGGAGAGUGACCCAAUCCAUGUGGAUACACCAACAACAAGCUCAAUAUCAUCUCCACCUUUAUCACCUAUCAGACCUGGAAAGGCCAGCAGUACUAAACCCCCAGUAGAGAAAGUAAAACCUACUGAGGAUACUUCAAAUUCACAUAAAGAAAACAAACCGACAAAAGCUCCUAGUAAGAAAAAGGAGGACGCCACCAAGAAAAAGGAGGAUGCCACCAAUAUACCACAGAAGGAGACUAAAGCAUCCAGUUCGCAUAAAGACAAUGUCAACAGCAGUAAAGAUAAUAAACCAGCCACCAUACCAGACUCAAACACAGUUAGUGAAGAGGACAAACUUGGCCCGCCAAAACUGAGUUAUGCCCAGAUGGCGCAGAGAGCACGUGAAAGGGAGGCUGAGAUUAAACCCGAUGCUAAACAGACUGAAGGGGAACAGAAAGACACUAACAAUAAAGACAAAGCAGUUACAUUGAAGGAGCACCAGCAGCAAGGGAGUAAGACCCCUUCUACCAAUCAACAGCAGGAUACGAACACUAACAAGGAAAAGGAUGAAAUGCGAACUGUCGUUGGACGUAGAACAAUGAAGGAAAAUCGUGCUAAUGCGGAGAGGAACUUGGAUAAGAAAGGAGAGUGGCGAGUGAGACGAGACAGUAAAGAGGGGAAUAACAACAGGGUGAAUGUAGUGAAAUAAGACUGCUGCUUCAGGCCAUAUACAGCAGCAGCCAGCCUAUAGUUGCUCUGUUAAAGUCCCCCAACAUCUAGAGCUAUAUAGCUGCAUUGGCUAAUGAACCUUUGUGCAGCAUAGCCGCCCACCCUACGCUUCCAAAUCCAGAUGUCUCGUGUACAUAGGCUCGCCACUCAGUAUUACCCAGGAUUCUUAGCACCAAAGAGGGAGUAGCCAUAUUUUAUAUCCAGUGACGUCAUCAUCACGUCCCAGUACUUUCGUUGUCAUGCGAAUAAACUAACAAAUCAUAGGUUGCCAUGAGGAUUAGUACAGUGCAGUAUGAAAUGUUGAAUACUACAGUACAUCUCGAGACUAACCUCAUAUUGGCUGGUUAUUCAGAACCAUGUUAUGAGCGCUUAGUGUUGACACAAACUGUACUGGAAAUGGUCAAAGAGAUAGUGACUCGUACCAAUGUCAGAUUGCAUUCAAAUUUGGUGCUUGUAUAUAUUUUUGUACAUCAAAAGAUGAUGACCAGAUCCAUGGUUGCUACGUGGCUACUCUUGUUACUAUGGAAACAAAUGAUGAUAAACUGUGAAUCUUGUCCGCUUGGUGUACCCCUACCAUGGGGUAAUGACACUAGGGUACUGAAAUGUGUCCCAUUUUAUUAAUCGAAAUAUAAUUUGUGCAAUUGCUUGGUCGUGCUGUAUAGGAAUACACACACAUUGUGAAUAUUUAGGGAGAGAUUAUGAAGGAGAAUGAAUGAAGUAAAAACUGAAGGUGCAUAGAGUAAAUUUCCACUUCUGUGUGGGGCUCCAUAGUCUAUUCAGCUGCUUUAGUUGUCUUAUAUCUUUGUCAAAAUAAUAGAGUGAAAUUUUGAUCUUGGUCAGUAUAAUUAGAGUCCAAUCAUGGUGGUGUGCCAUUUGUGACAUUUUUGUUGAUAUGAAAACAAUAAUUUUGAUAACUCUACAUCUACAAAUACUUCAGUGAUGUUAAUAGAGAAUGAUCCUUAUUUUACAAAGCAUGAAGUUUGUCAGAAAUGAAGCAAUCAUGUGUGAUGACACAUUGCAUUUACAUGUAUUUAAAAUCAGGAAAUAUCAAUUUUGUAAUUUAUAAAUUGAAAUUGUGAUAGGAUCAAUUAAGAUCUAAUGAAAUAAAUACCUCAAAGGAUAAUGUAUGCUACUAAUACAAAUUAAUUAAAUUUAGAUAAUGGAUUGAUUGACAAUUUAAUUUAUAUUCUUAUUUAGGCGUAUCAUCACUAUUUGGAGCCCUAAUGUAGAUUAUUCACAUGUUAAUUUUGAAUACUGUGUUUGUACUAAUUUUUUGUUGAUGAUUCCUCAUUAUGAAGAAAUCCAGUUUCUUGCAUGCUUACCAUGAAAUAAAACACCCUUCAUACUUCAGUAUGCAAACAUGGAAGGUAUGUUUUAGAGGCUAAAGGUAGAUUUUGAUGUAGGAGGGGGGGGGGGGGGGGUGACUGAAUAACUUUUCUGAAAUAAACAGAAACUUUGGAAAAUAAUUCAGCUUAUGAUUUCCAACAUUUUAGAAAUGUUUCUAUCAUUAGGCAACAUGUUAAAUUAAAUGUUGAUUCCUUAUUUUGUGCUUUUCUCUAAUAUACAGGUAUAUAAUGUAAAUGUACUCUCUAAUGCUAACAUAAUAAGCCUUCUGAAUUUUAAUUUCUGUCCAGGUUUCAGGUGAUGAAUCAAAAUCAAUGUUAAAUAAUGUAAAUAAGAGCAGAAGUAAGGCUGUAUCAGGUUGUGCCAAUAUAAUGAAUAAAAAAUGUGUCUUAGUAACCACCAUGUUAAUCCCCUCAGUGAGAAAUAUGUUUUCUUCGAAUGAAAUGACCAACUAUAUUUUUUGGAAAAUUUUCAUAUUUGCAGUAUAAAUGGUGUUUUAUUGAACUGGUAUCACUAAUAUACAGUGUUUUGGUUUACAUUAGUUAUGUUAGGAUUUAGGACAAGUUUGGUGUCUGUAGAUGGUUAAUUUAUGACUGAUUAUGAACUGGAAUGACUAAUUGCUAGAAGUAAAGAGAAUGCAUGUAAUUUGAAUUUAAAUUGUACUUAAGUACUUGUAAUCACAAAAGUCCAAUCCAAUGGAUGACCGCCAAAGGCUGUGUGUGUAAAAACAAUCCGAGAUAAAGAAGUAUCGCAAUGUAAAUGUCAGGUCUGGCAUUGGAAGCAAAUGCUAAUGCCUGGAGGCAAAGUAAGCCAAAGAUAUACUGACAUAAUCUCCAAGCAGAGUUGAAAAUGCCUGGCACCACUACUUCCCCAUAAUGUGUUCAGAAGGGAAUGAGUCCCGGACCCUGUGGUGUACAUAAAUUUUUAAAUAAAGUAAGGGAAGGGUUAUUAGUAAAUGUUAAAUUAAGACAUUAAUAAAAUAAUUUAAGUUAAAUAUGUUGUAUUCGCUUCAUUUUUGCACAAUGCUAGUAUUUAGUGCAUUAUUUUAUCACUGUAUUUUGCUGGCUGUUUUUCUUUCGUUAUUAGGCACUAUUGUUCAGUACUGAAAGGGAGUAAGGGUACAUGUUGGAACAGCGCCUAUAUAUGAAGCAAACAUACUCCUGACGCAAAAUCAAAACAUUGUAUGGCAAUCCUCUGAUCAACUUUCAAUCCCUUGGUUCAUAAACAUAUCAUUGUGAUAAUAAUUUCGGAACAAGACAAUAAAGAUCAGGGGGAUUCAGCAAAGGUGUUUUGAUUCUAGGUCAAAAAUGCUUAUAUUGUGAAACAAAGAGAUUGUGUGAAGUCCGAUCAAAAAUCUAAGAAAAAAAGACAAAAAGUAGAAUCUAAGUAUUGAAUUGAGUCACAGGUUGCAAAGUCUGUAAAUGUGACCCAUUUUGGUAUUGUGUUAUAUGUACAUGUAUGUUGGAACUUGCUGCUUCUUUGUACAGAUGACAUGUACACCAUUACUGUACAAGUCAUUCACAAUUACAUAUACAGAGUACAGCACAGUAUGGUACAGUACAGCAGGGUUUUACCACAUUCUGUAGAUCAGCACCUCCAAUUUUGAUGUCAACAUUUCUCAAAUGUUACACUAGAAAAUUUUAAAAUUCAAUGUUGCACCAACAUGGCCAAAUAUGGUACAUUACAUUACAUUACAGGACAAUACAGUUCUUGUAUUUUUCUAAUAUGGAGAAACUAGCUCAUUCAUUUUGCUAGAUUUGUGUAGGUUUUAUUCUGGAUUAGGAUUAGUAACCUUUGGUACAUCUUUUGAAAAUUACAACUACUAAUUUAUAAUGUUCAAAACAUGUAUUUUUCAUUGUUACCUGUACUGUUAUGAAUUGUACCUGCACUGUCCUGUAGUGUACUGUGCGGUACUGUACUGUACUGUACUGUACUGUACUGUACUGUACCGUAUCAUACUGUACUGUACUGUAUUGUACUUGACUGCACUCGAAUUUCAUAAAGUAUA